AUGGAAGCAAUCCGGUCAAAAUCCACGGACUCUUUGCACGCGAAAGAUACUCAACACCCAAUUACAGAAGCUGAGGACAGUCCGCUUCGGAGUAGGGAAAAACUGACUUACACAUUCAGCACGCAGCCGCUGGAAACAGACCUAAGAAAUCUGUUGACGCAAGUCACCGGGCAAACUGACCUGAUCGGCGUAACCAACGUCAAGUUAAAAGUUGUGUCCGGCCAAGCGGGUCUUCAUCGUCUCUCAGACUACACGCCUCACCUCACCACCCUGACUCUGGAUGGCAGCUGCAUUGCCACUUUUCGCGAUCUGGGAUCAAGUUUGAAGUCUUUGUCGACCCUGAGCGUAGCCAGAUGUAGCAUGAAACAUUUGGACGGCGUCUGGGGAUUUCGGAACCUUCGGGAUCUGAACGCGAGGGACAAUUUCAUCUCGGAUCCUUCGCCCUGCUCGGGUGUUCGGAAGUUGUCUAAACUUGACCUCGGCAACAAUAAAAUCACAAACGUUUCCUAUUUCGCCUUUUUGCGAUCCUGUAAUCAGCUCAAGGAACUCGACGUUGCCGCGAAUAAUUUUACCGACUACAAAACGGAGAUAACGAGGUUUCUUCCGCAACUAAGGGUCCUCGAUGGUGAAGAACUGGAGGAUCGCCAUCGGCAUUCGGAUGUUACCGAAGAAGGAUCAGCCGUGAAAAUCGAAGAUCAAAGCUCGGAAGAGGAAAGCACAACGUCGGAAGAACGUCUAUCGGCGGAAGACGUUGAUCCUGACGAAGUGGUAGGUUGUUGGCAUAAAAUCGUGAGACUAAUAAGCUUGAUGUAAACUUGAUGCUGGGAAAUGUCCCUUUUCAACUUUCUCACGUACGGAAGAUGAAAAGAGAAAAUAGAGAGGUAGAAGAAAAAAUCAUAGAAAAAGAUGGAGCAGGAGAGAAAAGAACAGGAAAGGAACGUAGCGACGAAUGCGAACUAUUUCUGCAAGAUAUUCGCACCCAAUUGCCUCGUCAUUCCGCUAACGACUCGGAGCGAGCGUUUAAUAACGACGAUAAAAGCAUCGCUCACGAGGUACCGCCAGGAAAGUUGUCAUCUGGUCGCGUAAUUUGUGGAAGCUUGGCCGUUUCCCUGCGAGGACGUAAUCCAGCCAAAACCUCAUCGCUAGCCGGAACCCAGAUAAAAGAAUCUCCGAAGUGGGGUAACAACGAUGAAAACUAAGAAGACAGUGAAAAGAUAAGAGGCUUGCAUGCAGAACAUCAGUGUCAAGAUCACGCGUUGGAAAGAUGGAAACCAUCAAGCACAUCGCGCGCAAUGCAGGCGCAAACUCAUGUUUAGACGUCUCUAGUUUCGCUGC